CCGACUCGAGGCACCAGAGCCCCGCGGAUUUCGCGCGAGAUAUAGGACCAUAAACACACGUAUACAUACACAUACGUAUACACAUAUAUAUAUAUACAUACGCGCGUAUGUAUAUACAGACACACGUACACAGGUUUCCGCGCACCUUACGUACCACGCAGGCACGCACGCAGGCGGGCAGGCAGGCCAGGCGACCGAGCCAGCAGGCCAGAACCGGGCACGCAACCACGCACGCACGCGGUGUCCCGCGUGGACGCAGGACGGACUGAUAGUUUCGCGACGCAAAACGGUUCAUGUGACACACGUGUGCGCACCACCGGUCAUCGGGCGGUCCACGGUUUCGAUAAAAAAGGAAAAAGAAAUAAGUUCAGUGUGUGAAAACGUACAUAAUAAUAAUAAUAAUACAGUGGAACAGAGGGAAAGGGAUCGGCGGAGAAAAUAGUCGACGCGAGGAGCUACGUGCCGUAUUUUUAUUUUUUGUUUUUUCAUUUUCAUCCUGAAGGAACUCGAGUUCUCGGAGUGUCGCGCGAUUCGUCGCGGGAUGGCUCGGGUGUGUCGUUACUUUCGACCGUGUUAAACCGGGUGAACACGGCCUGUCCGCAUGGGAUCGUUCAGGAAGUGGAUUAACGCGCGCGGGGAGGUGCGGCUCCCUGACAAGUGUCGAUGGUGAAGUACAGCAGUGAAUCGGUUUACCCGCGAGAGGAAUCGACGAGUGCGGAACCAACGACGACGACGCGGUGGUCCUCGCCGCGGCGUGGACCGUUUAUGUGUCGUCGGCCCGUCUGAGCGAGAUUUUUUGCCAGCGACCAGCGACGAGACGCCCCGCACCCGUUGUUCCGAUCAACCACCGCGACGCAACGUGACGAGCGCGAGACGAGACGUGAGCCAGCGAUCAACAGGCCAGAAGGGAUGUCACGGAGAAAGCAAGCCCGACCGAGCCGUGCCCACCUCGAGGAGGAUCUUGUCCAGGGACCUCUGCUGAUCAAUACCGUGGGAAACGUGAACGAGACCCGAGAGGAAAAUGAUUUCACAUCAGACGGGGAAGAGAGUGGCGGCGGAGGAGCUGGCGGCGACGAAGCCGUGGACCUUACAGCGUCCAGGUCCCAUCAGGGCGACGAGGACGACAAAGAUCAGGAAGACGCUCUGGAGGAGGAUGAAGAGGAAGGCGUGGACGAGCAGGAGGAACAAGAGGACGACGAGGAAGGAUCGCGAAAGCAAAUGCGUCAUAGACAAGACGCGGAGAACAACAAUAAUUUUGUCGAAGGCGGCACAACGGCCGGUUUGUUCCCGCCAGCCGGAACUAGUCACGUCACCCUGGAAGCGCUCCAGAAUACAAAGGUUGCGGUCGCCCAGUUCGCGGCAACCGCGUUGGCCGGUGGCGCGGACAGCGAGGCAGCUCUCCAAGACCUGGCGUUGUUGCAAAGCACCCUGUACACUCUGCAACAUCAGCAAGUGUUUCAGCUGCAGUUGAUCAGUCAGCUUCAGCAGCAGCUGUCCAUCACGCACAGUCAGGCGUCGCUGCAGCAGCAAGUACCGGGCGAUGCAACGGACACCAAGGAAAUCUCUCCGUCUCCUAUCAUCCAGCCAAAACCUCUGUCGAGCCUGACGUCGCCACCUUCUUCGCGUCCACCAAGUCACCAGCAAACCUCGCCAGCUCCUAUGACGCCUAAUUUGACUCAAGAAAGGCCCACGCCAGCCAGCAGCGCCUCGCCACUGAGCCUACCACUUGCCUCGUCGAAUGCGACCGGCACGACCGCGACCACCAGCAGCGGUAGCCAGGUGCCGAUGUCCCAUCAAAUACCGCCACACUGCUCGAUCAGUUCUUCCUUAGCCUCGUCUAUAAUCACGAACACCGAUCCGCCGCCGCUGCACGAGCCCAACACCCUUGAGAUGCUGCAGAAGAGAGCCCAGGAGGUGUUGGACAACGCCAGCCAGGGGCUGUUGGCGAACAACCUCGCCGACGAGCUGGCGUUCAGAGGCGGGAAGGGCUCCCGGCUCUCACCGUACGAUUCAAAGUCCGGCAGCGGCCGCGGCGAACCAUUCUUCAAGCACCGGUGCCGCUACUGCGGCAAGGUGUUCGGCAGCGAUUCGGCGCUUCAGAUCCACAUACGAUCGCACACAGGUGAGCGACCCUUUAAAUGCAACGUCUGCGGCAGCCGCUUCACCACGAAAGGGAACCUGAAGGUCCACUUCCAGAGGCAUACGGCCAAGUUUCCACACGUAAAGAUGAACCCGAAUCCCGUUCCGGAACACCUGGACAAGUACCAUCCACCCUUGCUACAGCAAAUCGCCCACGGUCAGAGACCGAUGCCGUCCCCGCCGCCGCCGCCGCCCUCGCAUCAUCCCACCUUUCACCCGGCGGCGGCACACGGUUUUCUACCUCCUCAGCCGCCCCUGCCGCUCAGUUUAGCCCUUCCCGGUAUGCCGCCCUUGUACAGAUCGCCGGUCGUCGCUCAUCGGGACGAUCAGGACGUGCCGGAGAAUCUGAGCAAACCCGUUACCACUGCCCCGACGACUACAUCCCCACAUUCCCCCGCGAUUGUGUCGAACUCUCGUCAUUCCUUUCACGACAAUCAACACCACCACCACCACCACCAACAACAACAACAGCAGCAGCAGCAACAGCAGCAGCAACAAAAGCAGCAGCUCGAGCAGAGGGACGAGAUCAAACUCGAGCAGCGGUCACCGAUGCAGGAGCAGUAUCAGCAACAUCAGCGGCCGACGAGCCGAGAAGCGACUGGCACGAUAACGCCGAAAAAGGAACCCGAGGAAGCCGAGGAGCCUACGGAGGAGGAGAGCGAAGACUUCGAGGAGACGACCAGACGGUAUUUAAACUCACCCCAAUCCUCCGCGAAUCCACCCUCGCAACCGCAGACGUAUGAGGACUGUAGUAUGGAUAGCAAAAUCAGCGGACGACUCGAAGGAGACGGCGACAUGGAGGUCGACGAGGAGAUCGAGGAGCAGCCCGAGAAUCUGUCCGGCCGCGGUAACGUCAAUCGUUUGCCGCAGCAUAUCGUCGCGUACCCUGGAGCCUCUCCUGCGAGUAGUAGCGCGAGCAGCGGAAGCCUUCAAACAUCGUUCGCUGGGAUUCUGUUCCCAGGACCGCCUGGCCAUCAUCAAAUACCGCAGCAUCACGCUGCUCCGACGGCGGUGAACGCGCCCGCGGUAUCGACCGCUGAGAUGAUCGAUCCCGCCAAAGAUCCGGCCAUCUAUUCCAGCCUGUUGCCACGGCCGGGCAGCAACGAUAAUUCCUGGGAGAGUUUGAUCGAGAUCACGAAAACCUCGGAGACCUCGAAGCUGCAGCAGCUGGUUGACAACAUCGAGCACAAACUGACCGAUCCGAAUCAGUGCGUGAUUUGUCACAGGGUACUGUCGUGCAAAAGCGCGCUGCAGAUGCACUACAGGACGCACACAGGCGAGCGACCGUUCAAGUGCAAGAUCUGCGGUCGGGCGUUCACCACGAAGGGUAACCUGAAGACUCACAUGGGCGUGCACAGGGCGAAACCGCCGCUGAGGGUACUGCAUCAAUGUCCGGUAUGCCACAAGAAAUUCACGAACGCGCUGGUGUUGCAGCAGCACAUACGCUUGCACACCGGCGAGCCGACGGAACUCAGCCCGGAACAAAUCCAAGCCGGCGAAGUUAACGAAUUCGCGCCCGGUUACCCGCCUCAUCCACUCGCCUCGUUUCUCCCACAAGGCUUUCCACCGAUCCAUCCAGCUGGAGCUGGCUUCCCGUUAGGCUUUCCUGCCACGCGACAUCAGACGUUAGAAAAACAGCCUCAGGAGAACGACGUCGACGUGAAGGAAGAACCUCAACAGCAGCAACAUCAGCAGCAACAACAGCAGCAGCAGAGGUACGGGGAGGAACACGACGAGGAGGCGGACGAGCAAGAUGACGAGGAAGAGGACCGUAGGGAGGACGACGAUAGGUGCGACAUGAACCGCGAGUUGGGUCGCGGUGACGUGGAGGAUGAACAGGACCGCGAGAGCGAGGAGAACGAGCAUAAGGAUGGUUCCUUACAAAACUUCUCGACUUCGCUCGCCGCUCUCGAGAAUCAGGUACGAACGAUCACGACGACGGCCGCGUCGACGCUAGGAAAUGCCGCCAGGUCGCCGCCCUUUCAUCGUUACAACGGCAGCGAGAAGAGCAACAGUCCGCCGAAUCCUGGGGCGCCGUUAGAUUUGACUCCUCGGGCGUCGUCCACUCCAGCUUCCGUGGCGUCGGUACCGACGCCGCCCCCGCAGCCCGUUACGCACCAUCCGCACCCGUUCGGCAUGUUCGCAGGCCUGCUGCAAGCGGCCUCGUCGUCGCCGUCGACCAGCAGCAUCGGAUCAUCGAGCAUAAACAGCAUCAGCUCGAUGAACGCCGUGACGCCAGGAAGCGGCGCGGCCGGGCCACUGGCUUCGCUGACCACGUCGGCUGUGUUGGCCGCCACCUCGACCUACAAUCCGCUCGGCCUGGCUGUCGGAGGGCCAGCAGUGCGUGGAAACACCACAUGUAAUAUCUGCUACAAGACAUUCGCGUGCAACUCCGCGCUGGAGAUCCAUUACCGGAGCCAUACGAAGGAGCGGCCGUUCAAAUGCACCAUAUGCGACAGAGGCUUUUCCACCAAGAACGACGGUUCCGGGCAGCAAGCAUGCGUCUGUGCGUCUCAACCGUUGCCCGCAAACAGUUCGAUCACUUCACCCGAUCGUUCGCAAUACGGGUCAUCGUGCGCCGAUAGUCGAGAAAAAGCGAAACGCAGGCGGCGGCGGCGACCCGAGGAGCGGAAGAGCCGGGGGCGGAAAGGAGCCGGAGGGGGGCGGGGGCUGACGCCUGUCUACCCUGCCAUCCGCCUACCCCCGCUGAUGUCGCCCGCCCUCGGACUUCUACCCUCGGCGCACGGCCUCCUGGGGAACAUGAAGCAGCACAUGCUGACACACAAGAUCCGCGACAUGCCGCCGCAUCUGUUCAGCGAUUCGAAGCAGCAGCAACAGUCGCAGGAGCUCGAGACUUCGAGAAGUCCGAUGUGCGUGGACGACUCGAGUCUGCCACCUCCGCCGCCGCCACCGCCGCCUCCGCCACCGAUGCCGCCGACCUCGAUAGAGCAGAGCAUCGCCGUGAAGAGGUCACCGCCCGAGGGCGAGCUGCCAGCGCCAAAGAGACCAGCCAGCGUGCCGAGCAAACACUUGUGCCAGAUAUGCAAUAAGAAUUUCUCCUCAUCUUCGGCGCUCCAGAUCCAUAUGAGAACCCACACGGGCGACAAACCGUUCCGAUGCACCGUCUGUCAGAAGGCCUUCACCACCAAGGGCAAUCUCAAGGUGCACAUGGGCACCCAUAUGUGGACCAACGGAGCCUCUCGGCGAGGUCGUCGAAUGUCCCUGGACUUGCCACCCCUGCCCAUCACCCCCAAGGACUCGGAGUUUCUCCAGCGACGGCCGGAUCUCUUCUACCCGUAUCUACCCGCGCCAUUCCUUAACGGUGUGCAACAGAAAUUGAACGAGAUCUCGGUGAUACAAAGCAACAACGGAUUGCCGAGCCAUUCGGUGGCCGCCGGGAAGUACGCUGGCUUGUUCGGCUCGGUGUACGCGGCUGGCGCGGGUUUCCCCUUGGACAAGCAGCCGAUGGCGGCGACUAGUAACGGGCCGCUGCUAGACGGGAAGUCCUCGAUUCCAUCCGGGUCCAUGCUCUUCCAGACGCCGUCGCCGUCGCACUCGCCGGGCACGCCAGGCUCGAACGGAAGCAAUCAGAACAACGCGAGCGUACCCUCGUGGACGGGUGACGCUCUUCAGCACCAUUUCGACAGGGAACCACCGGCGAGGUCGGACGGCAACUCGACGCCACCCUCGGCGCGGCUCCCGCCACCCCCGGCGCCGAGGGGCGAGGGACUAGCCACGUGAACCUCGAACGGCGACGCGUAUCUUCCAUCCUCGAGGUUUCACGGUGACUGAACUCCGUCCUGGCCUACUACAAAGAAAUGAGAAGAGACGUUCUACGGACUAUGCCCGGGCAGUGUUUUCAGUGCAUUUUAAUAGCCGAUGGACUCGGGAGCCGAACGUCCAACGACAUAUCCUUCCUGAAUCCCCGCGAGCAAGAGCAGAUACCAUGUUCCUAUUGUCACACUAGUCUUAAAAGAAACGCGUCCGAGGGGACCGCUCUCUUUGGAGCCCGAGGCGACGCUGGUACCUCUUUUGUAAAAGGGUCAGCCUUCAUCGAGGUGGUCGUUCCUCGGAACUCUUCCCCGCGACACGUGCUUUCGCACGAGGGACCGACGUGGCGGACGCGGACGCCUAGACUGAGCCCAUUUCGGCCGCAAGACACGUGGCGUCGCGACGCCUCGGCCCUCCAUACUCUGACCGUCCAUGCGCGACAGUGAUGGUCACCUCACUUUUUAGGAUUAUCUUACGUUAUUAAUGUAAUUCACUCUGCACCGGGUGUCGCGUGUAAUCGAACGACCUCGAACUUCGUAACUCGUUCACAAUUAUUCAACUAUUCAUUCAAAUAUUCAAGAUAUGUCUGCAUUUAAAGUAUUAUUCAAUGCAGAUUAGGGAGUGUAGUAUGUCUGGAUUUGACACGGAAGUCGGGGCGGGAAAACUUUAAUAC